AUGAAAGCUUACAGAACAUUAGCGAUGGAUUUUUCGACAAAAAUGCUGUUGGCCGAUGAAGUUAUUGAACAUCUUAUAGAAGACUUUGAUGUGUCAGCGAUGAAGAUAAAUGAGUAUCAGUUAACUUCGCAAGAUAAGUCCCCAUGUUCUGUGUACUCUAGGUCGGUCACACCAGUUCACUCUCAAUCUGAAAUACAAAUUAAUUCAGAAAAUGUUUAUGUUGAUAAUAGAGAUUCUCCGAACAAAUUAUCGGAUACACCAACGCCCUCAGAAUACAACUCAUUUACUUCAAGUCCGCCGCGUCCAUUAUCAGAAUUAGAUCAAAAUAUCUGUUUAAUAAACUCAGGCAGGCCAUCGAGUAUGACACUAAUUUCAAACUGUCAAUCUUCUAUAAGCAACACUAGUGAUGCUUCUUCGGCGGUGGAGGCAUCAAGUGAAUGUUCUACACCUUCGUCGUUAAACGAUAGAAAAAGACGUCAGUUCAGUAUUGAUAGAUCAAAGAAAAGGCGAUUGAGAAAUAAAGACAAGUGGAUGGACAAUGGAUGGAAGUGGACAAGUUGA